AUGUCUGAGCCGCGGUCCAAAUCUCCCCAGGACGGAGAAAACGGCCAGGGUUCGGGGGUGCACGAUGAUAAGCCGCGCUUGACCGAGGAGGAGAAGAAACAAAAUCAUAUCGCAUCAGAGCAAAAGCGCAGAGAAGCUAUUAGAGCUGGUUUUGACCGUCUCUGCGAGCUCGUGCCCGGCCUGGAAGGUCACGGCCGUUCCGAAGGCUUCGUACUGAAGGAAACGGUCAAAUAUAUGAGGGAGCAACUUGCUCGACGGCGCGAUCUAGUUGAAGCGGCAGAGACGCGAGGUGUUGCUGUCCCAGACCAUUUAAAAGAGCAAGUCUCCCUCUGA